AGGGUUGAGACUUCAGAGCUUACGGAAAGGAAUAACUGAAACUCUUUCUAUAAACCCUUUUCUUCCAUUCGAUUCUCUGCAAAGACCUAAGCUUCACCUGAAACUCGCCUAUGGCCAACGUGGACCCAAUCCAGAACGGCGCUUCACAACCACUACCAUCGGAUAAUGCCGGCGCCGCCGCCCUCACAGAGGAAACUGGUGACGACGCCAAACCGUCAACCGAAGAACUCGAAUCCGCGGGCGCUGUCUCCACCGAGAAGAGAUGGCCUGGUUGGCCCGGUCACUGCGUGUUCCGGCUUAUCGUGCCGGUCCUCAAGGUAGGGAGCAUCAUCGGGCGCAAGGGUGAGCUCAUCAAGAAGAUAUGCGAAGAUACUCGAGCUCGAAUUCGCGUUCUCGACGGUGCUGUCGGCACUCCUGAUCGAAUAGUACUCAUAACGGGGAAGGAAGAGCCAGAGGCACCUCUUUCUCCUGCAAUGGAUGCUUUAAUAAGGAUUUUUAAACGUGUCUGGGGAUUAUCAGAAACUAAUGAUGAGAAUAAAACAUCAGGAGCUGCUGGAGUUACAUAUUGUUCCAUCCGUUUAUUGGUGGCCUCAACGCAGGCUAUCAAUUUGAUUGGAAAGCAGGGCUCAUUAAUUAAAUCUAUACAGGAAAAUACCGGUGCUUCUGUUAGAGUAUUGACAGGAGAUGAGCUUCCAUUUUAUGCUGCUGCUGAUGAGAGGAUUGUGGAACUGCAGGGAGAAGCAUUGAAGGUUUUUAAGGCUCUGGAAGCAGUAAUUGGGCACCUAAGGAAGUUUUUGGUUGAUCAUAGUGUUCUUCCCCUAUUUGAGAAAACUUACAAUGCAACAAUUUCCCAUGACCGGCAGACAGAUACCUGGACUGACAAGCCAUCGCUGCGUAGUGCUUCACAACCUAGCAUUGUUGCUGAUGUUCCUCUUUCAACGAAAAGGGAUUCUUUCUUUGGUGACCGUGAAAGUCAAUUGGACUCGUUGCUCCCUUCCUCAACAAUGUCUCUAUAUGGGCAAGAAUCUUCACUUUCUGGUCUUCGUUCUUCAGCUCUUAGUCGCAUCGGUGCUCCUAUUGUUACUACGGUAAUACAAACAAUGCAAAUUCCACUGUCUUAUGCAGAGGACAUCAUUGGAAUACAAGGGUCUAAUAUUGAUUACAUUCGCCGUACUAGUGGAGCCAUAUUGACUGUGCAGGAGAGCAGGGUGCCUGAUGAAAUCAUUGUGGAAAUAAAAGGCACCUCGUCUCAGGUUCAAAAAGCACAACAAUUGAUUCAGGAAGUUAUAAGCAACUACAAAGAACCUGUCGCUAGUAGUUACAGCAGGUUGGAUGCAGGUCCGAGGUCUUACUCUCAUUUGGGCGGUUCAUCGUACCCCUCAUCUUCAUUGUCCUCACAAUCCUUCAGUGGGUAUGGAUCUUCUGGUGUAGGAGGAUACAGUACUUUCAGACUUUAAAAUGGUAUUGGUCUCCCUUGGUUCACUAGGACUCCAUUUUGAGCCAAUUUGUGUUCUAAUUGGGUCUGAUUGGAAGAGAAUUAAUGCUGCUAUGUAUUGUGAAGCCACCAAAAGCACGUUUUCUUUUAUCUGAUAUCAACAUGUAAUGAGGUAACUUUUAAUGUUUCUAAGAGUUGAUUAGUGCCAUAGAAAAUGUAAUGAAAUAUUAGCCAUUUUCAGGAUGUUUAGUUUCGAAAUGUAUAUUUGCAUUGAUUAAAAGCUCAAUGGUGGUCUCUACAGGGUAUG